CCGCCCACCGAGCGGAUCAAGUUUGAAUGAACGGCAGCAGCUGCUCCGGAGCGCGGACGCACACUUGGAUUUGCGGUAAUUAUCGAAAAGUGCGGGGCUCGUCGAUCGCUGAUCCAGGAUGGACAUGAAGAAGAGGAUUCACCUGGAGCUGCGGAACCGCACUCCGGCUGAUGUCAAAGAACUCGUGUUAGACAACUGUCGCUCGAACAAAGGAAAGAUCGAGGGUCUGACAGACGAGUUCGAGGAGCUGGAAUUUCUAAGCACAAUUAAUGUUGGACUGACGACAGUCGGCCACUUGCCAAAGCUCAACAAACUCAAAAAGCUUGAACUCAGCGAUAACAGGAUCUCAGGAGGGUUGGAAGUUCUGGCCGACAAGUGCCCCAGCCUCACACACCUCAACCUCAGCGGCAACAAGAUUAAAGACCUCAGCACGAUAGAGCCUUUGAAAGAACUGGCGACGCUGAAAAGCCUCGACCUGUUUAACUGUGAAGUGACAAACCUGAACGAGUACAGAGACAACGUGUUCAAGCUGCUUCCCCAGCUCACGUACCUGGACGGCUACGACAAGGACGACAAGGAGGCGCCGGACUCUGACGCCGAGGUUUACGCAGAGGGCUUGGACGAUGAGGACGACGAGGACGAUGACGAGGAGGAGUACGAUGUAGAUACAGUACCAGGAGACGAGGAGGAAGAGGGGGAGGAUGAUGAAGAGGAGAACGAAGAAGAGGAAGACGACGACCUAAGCGGAGAGGAGGAAGAGGACGACGACGUGAACGACAAAGAGGCUGAUGAUGAUGAAGAGGGAGAGGGUGAGGAAGCGGAGCAGGGUCAGAAGAGAAAACGGGAGCUGGAUGAAGAAGGGGAGGAAGACGAGGAUGAGGAUGAUUGAGAAUCCUUCUGAAGAAGCUAAGUUGUGAACUGUUUUAAACUUGUUAUCUCCCAGUCACUCCCCAGCAGCCCCAUGUAUCCCCCCCCCACCCCAGUUUCAUAUUGCAGUAGGAGUGGUUUCUUGUUAUUGGCCAGUCAGGUAGACGGGGUUGUCUGGAGAAAUGAGUGAGACGUCUGUCCCCUUGAUGCUCCCGUGUCCCCGUCUUUAACGUCCACUUUUGACUGCUUCGUGGACACCGAGUUUUGUAAUAUCCAAUAUUAGCAAAGAUAAACCUUUUUAAGAAGCAUUUUGUUUUCUCACUGUUUGUGUAAGACCAGUUUCUGAUGACUUAUGUAUUUGAAGACCCCCCCCCCCCUCCCCUUUGCCCCUUCAAAAGAAAACCAGAAAAAUUAAACAAAAAAAGAGUGCAUGUCUAAAACAUUUCUAAAAGUCAACAACUGGAUUCCAUGUGCGGCUGUCCCCCCCCGUCUUAAACUUAUUUUUGCAUUGUACUUUUUAUUUUUUAUUUUUUAAUGUAAGUUAUGUGUUUGUAGUGUCACAAGUAGGCCAAUACUCUGCUGUCCUGGUGUGAACCUUGUGUCUGAACAUGCACUGUGUGUGACUCAAACUGGGCGUAUUUUUAAAUCAUAGCAAAAACAAUAAAUAAAAAAAAAAAAACAUGUCUGCCCUUGUCAAAGCUCCUCCUCCUUCAACCCUCAGCUUUGAUAGUUCGGAAAUUACGUGUUCUUGUAAAUAAUGACCAAAUACUAUUUUUUUGUAUUCUCUUUGAUGACGGCAGACAUUGAACAGACCACUGAGGUGAACCUUUGAAUUGUAAUAAGAUAUUGAUUAUGUAAUGCUGCUUUGUCUCAAAUACGCAGUGUGAAAUUUUCUUGAAUUUGAAGAGAACUUUGUAUGCAUCGAUCUUUCCACCAAGAGACAUGUUCAACAUCAGAACUCACUCUUGCUUUUCCAUGUUCUUCUCUGGGACACGCAGGUGGCAAUGUUUGAAUUUGUGGUGGUAGAGUAGAGAAGUUAAUCGAUAUAUAUAUAUAUAUAUAUAUAAAUGGAGGCUGCGACUUGCAACAUGUGUGCAUUGAAGAUGUAUCGUUUCAAAUUGUGUAAAACUCUGGGAAAACGGUCGGUUACUUUGACUUUGUUUUCACUCGUAUAUACGCAGCGGUCAAUUUGGCCUACCUCAGUGAUUCUUCACUCUGUUCAACCCACUGUCAUCAGCCAAAUUCUCUUUGUUUUUCCCUCCCAUCCACUUCAAUAAAUCCCUUUUUAUAUA